AUCCCAGCAGUGUUCCUCAAGACUUCAAAACCAACUAAGGAUUCAGAUUACAAGAAAGAAAUGUAUCUUGGCGUGAUUUGUAUAGUAUCAUUCUUAACGUCUACGUUAGCUCAUCCAGGUCUUCUGGGGCUCGAUUUAGGAGAUAUAUUAUCUCCAUUAGUAGGACCAGUUACUAACGGUGGAUAUCCUGAUCGACGCACAACUCAAGAACCAAAUAUACCAAAAGAAUUAUCCAGUCCAAAACCAACAACAGAUCGUUCAUGUAUUCCACCAAAAACUAAACUGACCACAAACACAUUUAAAUACUGUAAAGGUGAUUUAGUAUUCUCAGAUGACUUUGAGAAACCAUUUAAUAAUCAUCAAUCUUGGGAUAUUGAACAAUACAUGCCGAUUGAAGAAGGGCCAGAUUUCGAAUUUGUAAGUUAUGAGAAUGACGAUCGAAUCGUUUAUAAAAAGAAUGGAAGAUUAAUUUUUAAUCCUACGCCAAGAUUUAAUGAAUCUGAAGUUUUUGGAGAAUUAGAUUUAAGAAAUGGGUGUACCAGUAUAUUACCAUCUGAAUGUUAUUUCAAGCGCAUUUCCACACAACUAAUUCCACCGGUCAGAUCAGCAAAGAUUACAAAUAAAUUUGGUUUUACUUAUGGAAAAAUUGAAGUAAAAGCUAAAUUACCGCAAGGAGAUUGGAUUUAUCCCCAAAUUCAGUUGGUAUCAGACAAUAAAUACGCGCCUUUUAAAAUUUUGGUCGCUUAUUCUCGCGGAAAUAAUCAUUAUGUUAAAAAUCGCGACGAGGGAUCAAGCCUUUUAUUCGGCGGAAUUCUCUGGAACACCGAAAAUUCAGAUAGUAGGAUGAAAUUAACAGAAAGUAGACCGAGUUUAGAACCGUAUGGAAAUAAAACACAUACAUAUACGGUCAUUUGGGAACCGGAUUCAAUUACUUUAUUAUUUAAUGGCGAAGAGUACGGGAGGAUUCUUAUCGACAUUGAUAACGAUGAACGAUUUUAUCCGUUAAAAAGGACAUUUCGUUUAAGUUUAGGUGUUGGCGUUGGUGGGAUUCAUGAUUUUCCCGAAGGAUAUAUAUCAAUUCCGAAAAAACCUUGGGUUAACGCCGAUAGAAAUCAAUUGAAAAACUUUUUCGAUGCCAGAACGGAAUGGGCGAAAACUUGGAGUAUGGGAAGAUCUAUUAUGGAAGUUGAUUCGGUAAAGAUUUAUGCUGUUUAAGUGUUUAACUUUAGUAAGCUUUGUAACUCGUAUAUAUAAAUAUAAUUUCUUCAUUAAU